AUGGUGGUGGUUACGAGGGCCGCCAAGAGGAGGAUGUUGGAGGAAGACGGCGGCCGUACUAGCCAACAAGGCGAAGACCUCAUCAGCCUCCUCCCGGACGCCAUCCUCGGCGCAAUCAUCACGCUGCUCCUCCUCAACCUUAACCUCAACCUCAAGGCCCGCGUCGUCACCGGCAGUGAAGAGGAGCUCGAGCUGUUCUACUACUCCGUUGGAACUGAGGACCCUAGUAGCCCUCCGCUGGCGCCGUCCACAUUCCGCUGCUCGGCGACGCUCCGGGUCCUCACACUCUGCUCUAGCGACGAGGUGCUGCGGUUGCCGCCUGCAGAGAUCGUCAGCACACUCCAUUUCCCUUGCAUCAAGCAGCUCACCCUCAAGAGGGUCCACAUAGCUGAGAACUCCCUUCAUGGAAUUCUGUUCAGAUGCCCUGUCCUGGAGAGCUUGCUCCUCUGCUUGAACACUGGUUGUCGUUGUCUACGUAUUAGCUCCGCUACCCUUCAGAGCUUUGGCGUGUCCAAUGGUUGGUAUGAAGAAGAGGAGAGGCUGGAAGAAGUCAUUGUUGAUAAUGUGCCGCUGCUAGAAAGGCUCAUUCCGCGGAAAGUAUCAGGUGAAAUGGUGAUCCGAGUAAUUCAGGCUCCAAAACUGAAAGUACUGGGCUAUCUACGAGAUUACAUCUCCACUAUUCAGCUCGGCCCCAUAAAAAUGAUGCCCCUUAGCCUGUCCACUGUGGCCCGUACCAUGAAGACUUCGGCUCUGUACAUUAGUCCUGAUGUGGGUGUUGUUAUUGGUUUAUUGAAAUGCUUUCCGUGUGUUGAGACAUUAUACUUCGAGUCACAUAGUCCGCGAAACAUCAAUAACACGCCACGCUCUGAUCAGCUAGAAUGCCUUGAUCACCAUCUCAAGAAGUUGGUGGUUACAUCUUAUGCUGGAACGGAGUCAGAAGUGAACUUCAUAAAGUUCUUUAUCUUGAAUGCCAAAGUGCUAGAAUUUAUGAAGAUUUAUGGUACACAUCAAUCACAUCCAUGA